AUGGUCACUGAUAAAGAGCCAGUGUAUUCUCCUGUAGCUCUAAGAGAUUAUCUUUUUCUAUUUAAGUCUGAUAUCAGUGAUGGCCAGAAGAUAAAGAUUGAUAAAUUGAUGGCCCCAAAAGUAAUGGCGCAUCUCUUGGCUGUAGGGUGGUCACUUUCUUAUAUCUGGAAGAAUUCAAGCAAUGCCAAUAGAGAGCUUGAUUCAUUAAAUUUAGUCCCCCCACUAUUUUCCUUGUCUCCAUUUUGCACUAGGGGAUCAUCUGCUAGAGAGAAAGAACGACGACAUCAUUUGGCCAGAGCCACUGAUAGACAAGGAGGUAAAUUUUUUAAGGCUUUCAAUGUCUCUCGGAAGAAUAAGAACCAAUCAGGCCUUUGCCGUGAGCUUCGUAACCUUCUUGGCACCCCAAAGAAGCAGUCUAUUAGAACUGUUUUUUCAUGGAUGAUAGAUCAUAAUGUGAUAUUACCAAGGGAAAAGUUGUCUUGUUUUGUGGGUGGAGAGGACAGUUGUGUUAAAGGAGAAGCAAGAGUAACUAGCGUAGGGAUCAAGUGUAAUUGUUGCAGUGAAGUCUACAAUAUUGCUGAUUUUGAGGCCCAUGUCAGGACCCCAUCCACCAAAAUUUUUGUGGAGGAUGGGAGAUCAUUUUAUAAUUGCCAGAGGAAAAUGCUGGAUCAGAGUGUGUUGAAAGACUUAAGGCUGAAAUCUUGUGAGAGAAAGAAAGCAUGUUACAACCAGUGUAAAAGUGAUGCAAUAUGCUCAAUCUGCCACUAUGGAGGAGAUCUUGUGCUAUGUGAGCGCUGCCCCUCCGCAUAUCAUUUGGCCUGCCUCCACCUAAAGGAUUUGCCUUCAGGAGAUUGGUUCUGUCCAUCGUGUUGUUGUGCCAUAUGUGGCGGGGGUGAAAGCAAUGCUGAUAGUGAUCAGUUCACUGCAAAGACAUUUCUUUAUUGUGAGCAAUGCGAGCAUAAUUAUCAUGUGGGUUGCUGCAAUGAAAGACGGCCCAUAGUACUGAAAAGCUAUCCAGAAGGGAAUUGGUUUUGUAGCAAGAAGUGCUCAGAUAUUCAUACAUGCCUAAAUGACCUUAUAGGCAAACGAAUUCCAACAAAGCUUCCAAGCAUAACUUGGACACUUCUCAAAGCUAGGAGAAAUUGCAGUAAGUACAAUAACUCAGAGACUGAAGAGAUGAUGGGGUAUCGUUGCAAACUUUGUGUUGCAUUUGAUAUCUUACAUGAGUGUUUUGUUCCGGUGAUUGAACCCUGGACAAACAGAGAUAUUAUUGUGGACCUUCUUUCUAAUAAUAGAUGUGAAUUGAAAAGAUUGGACCUUGGGGGUUUCUACAUCCUCAUACUUGAAAAUGAGGAUGAUGAGAUGAUAACAGUGGCUACAAUUAGGGUCCACGGGGAGAAGAUAUCAGAGCUUCCCUUAGUUGGAACUUCUAUAAAGUUCCGGAGACAGGGGAUGUGCCAUCUUCUCAUUGAUGGUCUUGAGAAGGUAUUCAUAGUUUUAUUUGAGCUUUUGCUUUACUAG